GAAUGUGUGUAUAUAAACCACACGCAGUCUCCACUCUUAAAACCCACUUCAGUUCCCCCACUCACUCUGUUUUAAUUUGAGUCCAGCCAUGAAUAACAAUAACCCCCACUCCCAUUUUCUCCCACUCACCGUCGUCGUCGUCCUCCUCCUCCACUGCGCCGCCGCUGCCGCCGACGACAGCGCCACCCUGAAAGUGUUCCACGUGUCCAGCGUCUUGAAAUCGAAGCCCCUGUCGUGGGCGGAGAAUGUGGUCCAAAUGCUGCGCAAGGACCAGGCCCGGCUCCAGUUCCUGUCGUCCCUGGUGGCGCGCCGAUCGGUGGCGCCCAUCGCCUCCGCCCGGCAGCUGAUCCAGAGCCCCACCUACGUGGUCCGGGCCAAGAUCGGCACCCCCGCCCAGACCCUCCUCAUGGCCCUCGACACCAGCAACGACGCCGCCUGGAUCCCCUGCUCCGGCUGCCUCGGCUGCCCCUCCGCCACCGUCUUCUCCUCCGACAAAUCAUCCUCCUUCAAACCUCUCCCCUGCAACUCCCCUCAGUGCAACCAGGUACCGAACCCCAGUUUGACCAUUGAAAGGUUGAAAAAGCAAAGCUUUUGA